ACUCUUUCGAUCUUCUACACUUAUAUAUACUUACAUAUGACAAGGCUCGCAGGGAUCUCAGGAGCAUAGGAACUUCCUUCGAUUUGACUCAUAACCUCCAAGUAAUCCAAUCACUUCGAUCUGACUUUCUUGUCGUGAACAAAUUCCACAUGACUUCCGCCUCUACCAUCCCCAUUCCUCCUCUGCCCAGGACAGUCAUUUUAGACUAUUAUGAUUCAUAUACCAACAACCUUCUCACCCUUUUCACACAGCUCUACUCGGACGAAGAGGUUCUCAAGAAGGUAGUCGUCGUCAAGGCCGAUCGUUAUACCUGGGAUGAAUUCCAAACACAAGUAAUCCCAAGUAUCGACUGUAUCAUCUUGUCUCCAGGACCUGGACGGCCUGACACACCUUCAGACAUCGGAUUCGCUUUGGAUCUUCUUCGAUUACAUCCCGUUCCGAUACUCGGAGUUUGCUUGGGUCAUCAAGCUAUCGGAGUGGCUUUUGGCGGAAAGAUUAUCAACACUCCUCGCAUAUCGCAUGGACAUGUGAUACCUGUCAAGCCUGUGCUACCAGCCCUUGGGCUGUUCGAUUCUCCAGUAUGGAAGAACAGCGGGAUAGAAGACGUGUUCAAAGUUGUUGUCUAUAACAGUCUGACUAUCGAACCGGAAACUCUCCCUGAGGACCUCGAAGUCACCGCAUGGUCCGCAUUAGAUGAAGAACGUAGAACUAUACAAGGUAUAAGACACAAGUCAUACCCAAUAUGGGGUGUCCAAUAUCAUCCAGAAUCCAUUUCCUCUACCCACGGAAGUGUUCUUCUGCACGCUUUCUUGGAUAACGUACAUCGUAACAAUUCUCGACCAGUUUCCUAUAAUCUCCUCCCAGAACAUAUACUGAACUCAUGUUCCUAUCGUAUCGCGGCUGUGAAAAGACAAAGCAAUCCAUAUAAAACCCACGCGACACCUCCUUUACCUACACCACCGAUCUCGAGACCGGCGUCACAACAUUCAUUUGCCGAGUCUUCUCGUAUCUCGCAAUUAUCAUUGGUUGAGAAACCUUUCGGUGAUCUGGGCAGAGAUGUACCCACAGAGUUGAUAUUCCAUCGUUUGAUUAGAUCAAGAAAAGGAAAGGAGAGAAUUGGAGACAUCUGGUUGGAUGGAAAGACUCCCACCAGACCAACAACAACAUCUUUAGCAUCUCCAUCGUUCGUCAUCACUUAUUCCCUAUCAUCACGAAGCGUAGCCCUCCAUCUCCCUGACCAGCCGCCCUCUAAACUCGUUCUGCCCGCCGAAACGACGUUCUGGGAGUGGUUCGGUCAGGGCCACGAAGAGAUCUACUCAUCUCUUGUCUCCUCUGAUCAGCGACGACGCGGUUGGCAGGGUGGCUGGGUGGGGUGGUUUGGCUACGAGAUGAAAGUCGAGAGUUUGCAAGGAUAUCGAAAGGAUACACUUGCCGAGGGUGAAGGAGAGAUCGAUGCGUGCUGGGCUUGGUGUGAUCGGAUACUUGAGCGUACAUCGGAAGGGGACUGGAUCGCUCGAGGUUUGGUCGCCGACCCAAUCAAUCAACCACCAACGCCACGUACAGCGGCGCAGGACGACCAAUCGAAGGAUUUGACUGGUUGGCUAGGUAGCUUGGGGGUCACCCUCGGUAUCUCUCCUACCCAAUUCGAUGAUUUCGAGCAUAUUGCCUCUCUCGCCCUACAGGACCCGGAUCAGCUCACCUUGAAAUUCGCUCCAGGAUUCCCCUCCUUCAGACCUAUCGACAAUGCGACUGCAUACACCAACACCAUAUCAUCUUGCCGUGAAGCCAUCCGGCAAGGUGAGUCCUAUGAACUCACUCUGACCACCCAAUUCGAAGCUUGCUGCCCUACAUCAAAUGAUCCGUUCUCCCUAUACCUCCGAUUGCGCACUUUCAACCCGGCUUAUUACUCGUCCUUUUUGUCCUUCCCAUCACUCGUCACCCCGCGUGGUAGAGGGGUGCACGUCCUAUCGUCUUCACCGGAAAGGUUCUUGAAGACCGAGCAGGGCAGAGUGGAGAUGAUGCCUAUCAAAGGUACGAGAGCCAGAGUAAAGAUUGGGCAAUGUGUUUGCGGACCUGGAAGGGGCUGCGAAGGUCGGGACGUUGGCGGAGAGAAAUGUAGACAGGAGGCUCAGCGAGAGGAUCAUAGAAGAGGGGAAGAACUUGAAGCCGAUGAGAAAGAACGAGCUGAGAAUCUGAUGAUCGUCGACUUAAUCCGCUCCGACUUGCUCGGUUGCUGUAUACCUUCCACGGUCAAAGUGCCCAAGCUCAUCGCAUUGGAGAGUUAUGGAGUUCAUAAUCUUGUUACAACAGUCGAGGGUAUGUUGGCGGACAACGUUGGGCAAGUAGAAGCUGUCAAGAGGUGUUUCCCACCUGGUUCCAUGACGGGAGCGCCCAAACUUCGGUCCGUUCAGCUAUUGGACGACUUUGAGUCUCAUCGGAGAAGAGGUAUUUACUCUGGUGCUCUGGGAUAUCUCUCCGUGGAUGGGUCGACUGAUCUUAGCGUUGUGAUCCGGACAAUGAUCAUUGAGGGUGACCACAUGUCUUUGGGUGCAGGAGGGGCUAUCACUUGGUUAUCUGAUAACGAUAUGGAGUGGGAAGAAGUAUUGACAAAAGUGCGAUCAGUAGUGGGUAAUUUGGAUGUGGACAAACAAGCAUUAUAGAGCAUGGACACACAUAUCAUCUU